AUGCUGUCGAGCAAAAUGCUGCACUGCACCAUGAAGGGAGUCGCAAAGGGCAACCGCCCUACCAUCCUGACCUUCCACGACAUCGGCCUGAACCAUAAAACCUGUUUUGAGUCACUCUUUGUUCACCAAGACAUGCAUGAGAUCAUGCAACACUUUGCUGUGUGCCAUGUUGAUGCCCCGGGACAGCAGGAUGAUGCAAGCACCUUCUCCACCGCGAGCCCGUCAAUCACUUGUAAGAACUUAUCUCACAAUUUGAAACAUCCAGACUUGGUUGAAGGUCUUGUAUUGAUAAACAUGAGUCAGGCAGAGGGCUUCAUUGACUGGACAGCACAAAAGAUCACAGGCUGGACUCAUGCUCUCCCUGAUACUGUUAUUUCGCACCUUUUUGGAAGCGAGGAGAUUCAGAACAACACCGAUCAGAUUGCAACCUUCCGUCACCAUAUUACAAACAUGAACCAGUCCAACCUUCAGAAAUUUGUCAAGUCUUACAAAAGUCGAGGGGAUAUAGAGAUUGAGAGACCCAUACAAGGCGGAAACUCUCACCUGAUGAAAAGAGAUAUUAGAUGCCCGGUGUUGCUGAUAGUGGGGGAUAAUUCCCCUGCUGUGGAUGCUGUGGUUGACAGCAACUCCAGAAUGAAUCCAACAACAACCACCUUUCACAAAAUUGCUGACUGUGGAGGUCUUCCACAUGUUGAUCAGCCUGGCAAACUUAUUGAAGCUUUCAAAUAUUUCAUCCAGGGCAUGGGCUACAUGCCAUCUGCUGGUCUGACACGUCUGGUUCGUUCUCGUACUGGAAGUAGCUCAUCUAUUGACCGUAGUCGCAACCGAUGUGGCACAAACACGUCACAGGGUCAGCGUGGACGUUCACACACGGAUGUCUCCAUGUACAGUACCCUUUAACAGCAUAGAACACAACCCUUCAGGACCCAAACUUUCUGUUAAAUGACUCUACAUAAGCAAAUAUCACAAUUUAACUUAAAAAUUUAAUUGUAGCUUCUGAUAGGCAGGUAAAGUAGAUACAAUUCAGUUACAAUAUCUGCUCAAAUGUUUCAACCUUUUAUUUCUUAUAAUGUACAAUACUUUGGAAUAAUUCUGAAAUAAUAUACAAAUACGCAGACAUUUCUGUUUAAAGAAGUCAUGUGUACAGCUUGGUUGUGUAAAUGAAUAUGUACAGAUAUAUUACAAUGGUAAAAUAAGCAAGAAAUUGUGUCGAAUGUUUUCCGUGUAUCAAACUUAACAUAUAAGCAUUGCAUAUAAUUUUUAUAUGUUGUUAACAGUUAUGUUCUAUGUUCAGUAUUACUAUUAAGGAUGUACAGAGGUUAUUUAUUGAUAUAUAUACAUUUGAUGUAAUAUCGGUGUGGUUAAUGUUGGCCCCUCUGACCUUAUAUUGGUAAGCAAGACAACUGCAAAUUCUUUCUGAAUGUGUCUAAAAACUGUAUUAAAAAAAAAUAAGUAAAUUUGGUGACUAACUCAACGCUGGAUAUGUUUUUAAACAUCAGUAAAUGACCUCCCACAAGUGAGGUGCUGUUAAACUUUCGUUUAAAGUAUAAUACAAUAUAGGUAAAAUACACUAAAUAACAUAAAAUCAGCUAAUUAUAUUAGAUGUGUGGUAUUGAAAUGCUAUUCGAAAUUUCACAAAUUCAAAAAGGAACGUUAUAGGUGCAGGGACUUUGACACAUUUGCGCACUUUGGGUACUUUGAAUGUCAAGGACAGUACUAGCAUAGAUCUUUCAGUCAUAUGUUUGCCUGGUUUAAACAUUUACUUUGGUGGUCUUGAAAGUGGACCCUACAUGAAAUGUAGCUCUUUUCUCAUAGCCUAAGAAGUGUGGUUGGAAUAGGGGUUGGUGCCGGAGCCAACAUUCUUACCCGCUUUGCAGGGAGUUUUAUAUGCUUUUCUUCUUUGUUGCAUUUGGAAUGGUGACAGUUUUAUCGAUGACAUAUUACAUGCUUGUUAAUACACAUGAAUGUGAGAACUUAAUUGUUGAUUUAAUUGACGUGUCUCCCAAAGUUGAAACAUCCAGACUUGGUUGAAGGUCUUGUAUUGAUAAACAUGAGUGCUCAGGCAGAGGGCUUCAUUGACUGGACAGCACAAAAGAUCACAGGCUGGACUCGGAAACGUCUCACCUGAUGAAAAGAGAUAUUAGGUAGUUUUGCUAUAACAGUGGUUUUCACUAAAUAGAUUGUCUUGACAACAGAUGCCCGGUGUUGCUGAUAGUGGGGGAUAAUUCCCCUGCUGUGGAUGCUGUGGUUGACAGCAACUCCAGAAUGAAUCCAACAACAACCACCUUUCUCAAAAUUGCUGACUGUGGAGGUCUUCCACAUGUUGAUCAGCCUGGCAAACUUAUUGAAGCUUUCAAAUAUUUCAUCCAGGGCAUGGGCUACAUGCCAUCUGCUGGUCUGACACGUCUGGUUCGUUCUCGUACUGGAAGUAGCUCAUCUAUUGACCGUAGUCGCAACCGAUGUGGCACAAACACGUCACAGGGUCAGCGUGGACGUUCACACACGGAUGUCUCCAUGUACAGUACCCUUUAACAGCAUAGAACACAACCCUUCAGGACCCAAACUUUCUGUUAAAUGACUCUACAUAAGCAAAUAUCACAAUUUAACUUAAAAAUUUAAUUGUAGCUUCUGAUAGGCAGGUAAAGUAGAUACAAUUCAGUUACAAUAUCUGCUCAAAUGUUUCAACCUUUUAUUUCUUAUAAUGUACAAUACUUUGGAAUAAUUCUGAAAUAAUAUACAAAUACGCAGACAUUUCUGUUUAAAGAAGUCAUGUGUACAGCUUGGUUGUGUAAAUGAAUAUGUACAGAUAUAUUACAAUGGUAAAAUAAGCAAGAAAUUGUGUCGAAUGUUUUCCGUGUAUCAAACUUAACAUAUAAGCAUUGCAUAUAAUUUUUAUAUGUUGUUAACAGUUAUGUUCUAUGUUCAGUAUUACUAUUAAGGAUGUACAGAGGUUAUUUAUUGAUAUAUAUACAUUUGAUGUAAUAUCGGUGUGGUUAAUGUUGGCCCCUCUGACCUUAUAUUGGUAAGCAAGACAACUGCAAAUUCUUUCUGAAUGUGUCUAAAAACUGUAUUAAAAAAAAAUAAGUAAAUUUGGUGACUAACUCAA